CACCCAUCUUGCGACGGAGGAGUCAAAAUUAGGUAUGCUUGAAAAGCCAGCUAAAAAUACUCUUUGUUACAAAUAUUUUCCUCUUAGAACGACAUUUUAAGUGCAGUUUCGCUUUUGGUGUAGUUGGACGUCGACCAAAACUCACAAAUCUUUCAUUCAUCUUUCGUACUUUUAUUCAUCRAUUCAUCUCGUAGCUGGUGUUAUACUAAAAAACCAAGAUGCCUAAACCGAUAAACGUGAAGAUCACCACCAUGGAUGCAGAGUUAGACUUUGCAAUCCAAUCUAGUACAACUGGCAAGCAACUUUUUGAUCAGGUUGUCAAGACUAUUGGUCUUCGUGAAAUUUGGUACUUUGGUCUCCAAUAUGUUGAUAGUAAAGGUCUGAUUGCUUGGUUAAAGCUCAAUAAAAAGGUAACAGCUCAAGAUGUCAAGAAAGAAGACCCUCUUCAUUUUAAGUUCAUUGUCAAGUUCUUCCCAGAGGAUGUUGGAGAAGAAAUCAUACAGGAAAUUACUUUGAGGAUGUUCUAUUUACAAGUCAAAGAGGCUAUUCUAAAUGAUUCUGUUUACUGUCCGCCAGAAACAUCUGUUCUUUUGGCUUCUUAUGCUUGUCAAGUAAAGUAUGGAGAUUGGGAUUCGAGUAAAGAUAUAUCCAAGGAUAGAUUGCUACCUCAAAGAGUGUUGGAUCAACACAAGCUAGGACAGGAACAAUGGGCAGAGAAGAUCAUGACAUGGUGGAAGGAACAUGAAGAUACCAUGAAAGAUGACGCCAUGAUGGAAUAUCUGAAAAUCUGCCAGGAUCUUGAAAUGUAUGGUGUGAAUUACUUCGACAUCAAGAACAAGAAGGGCACUGGAUUGCUGUUGGGUGUGGACGCUCUUGGACUGAACAUCUAUGAGAAGGAAGACAGACUAACACCAAAGAUUGGAUUCCCAUGGAGUGAAAUCAGAAACAUCUCGUUCAAUGACAAGAAAUUUGUCAUCAAGCCAAUUGACAAGAAAGCGCCAGAUUUCAUCUUCUUUACCGAACGUUUGAGAAUUAACAAGCGCAUCUUGGCAUUAUGCAUGGGCAACCAUGAACUCUACAUGCGCCGAAGAAAGCCUGACUCCAUUGAAGUUCAGCAGAUGAAGAAACAGUGUGUUGAGGAGAAAGCAGUGCGUGAUGCUGAACAUGCAAAGAUAAAGCGGGAGAAAAAGAAACGUGAAGAAAAUGAAGAAAAGCUUAGAGAACAAGAAAAGAGACAGUUAGAGUUGGAAGAGAGACUCAAGCAACAAGAAGAAGAAAAGAGAAGAAAGGAUGAAGAACUUGAAAUGCUUCAAAAAGAAAAGCAAGAAAUACUUCUUGUGAAGGAUACUGAAUUAACCAAACUGAUGGAAGAGAACCAGAAGGCUCUCCUUAAACUGCAAGAGUCUGAGAAGGAGAAGGAAGACCUGUCUGAAAAGGUGCAUCUAACUGAAGAAGAGAAGGAAAAAAUCCGUCUUGAGAAAGAAAGACAAGCAGAGGAGCUGAGGAUACAACUGGAAGAGAACCAGAAGGCGCUUGAGGUAGCUAGGGUAGAAAGAGAGGAGAAGCAUAAGGCACUGGAGGAACUGCAGUUACAGGUCACACAGAAGGAAGAAGAGGAGGAGGCCAAGACUGCUGACCUGCAGAUGAAUGCAGCUGAUGAGAGCCUCCUUAGGUCUGAAGAGAACCGUUUGACUCAAGCUGACAAGAACCAAAGAAUGCAAGAGCAGUUGUCUAGUCUGUCAGCCGAACUUAACCAGGCCAAGGAUGCUAAGAAAGCAACACAAAUGGACAUAAUUCAUGCCGAGAACAUGAGGCAAGGAAAGGACAAGUACAAGACCCUGAAACAAAUCAGGCAGGGCAACACCAAGAGCAGAAUUGAUGAAUUCGAAAGCAUGUAAAUCUCUUCAUCAGAUAAAGGGCAAUAGGAUGGGAAGACCAAUCAUUCUUGCUCUAGUUGUGUGUUAGUUAAUUAGGUAGAUCACUAAUUAUAGCCCUGCUACUCUAGUAGUUCGGCAACAUGAAAGCAUAGAUAGAAAUAGAAUCAUCUCUUAAAUAAAUACCACUUAAAUAAAACAAUAAAAUAUAAGUACGAUUUGUAGACCAUUUUUCCAAUGAUUGAAAACUUCCUUGUUUAGUCCUGCUGCCCUUAAAGAUUCGGAUAGAAUUUUUUGUAUUUGAUGUUUAUUCUUUUUCAUUGCUGCUUAUAAAGUUGUUUAACUGCUGAAAUAUCUUGGUCAGAGAGAGAUGCUUCCACAUUGUUAUUACAGAUAUGUUAUCUUCAUAUAAAUGAUAUAAUUCCUUUGACAGCUGUGUUGCUUCUUGGGAGUGGGAUGAAACCUCUCUUGCACUAAAUGAAAACAUUCUAGAGAUUCGAGUAUCUAAGUUGUUAAUUUAGCCUCUUACAGAACUAUUAACACAUUGCUACUAACCAAGUCUCUGCAUCAAGAAACCAAGGACCCUAGUUAAAUAAGAAUUAUUUACUCGAACUGAAAGCAGCUUCAAAACUAGGUGUGACAGAGGUUCACAUCUGUCACUCAAAGAAAAAGAAGCUGGAUUCCUGGAGUCCUUUGUUUUUAGGCUGGAGACAGAAAAAAACAGCAUUGUUGAGUCGAAAAACUGCUGGAGGAGGGAAUAUAUCGUUCUAACUCAGCUGCCUUUUGUUGAGCUUUGGAACCUUUUGUGAAGAGCUUUGGUGAAUUCUCAAGAGGUGUGCACAGCUGUGAAGGAAAAAA